ACGUAGCGGCUCAUGCGCUUUUCGUAUACUUUUCCAUUCCGCGUUCCGCAGCAACGGAAUCAAGCAAGCCAUUCCAAAUGUCCGAUUUAUUUGAAACGAGGCGCAGGUCAUACGAGUACGUGUUCGUGGUGUGCUGCCACGGUCUGAGGACUCCUCUCGUGGAGUGCAGCAACCUCCCGAAAGAAGAGCCCGAAGACUACGGUCAGCUAACAGCUGCCGGAAGAGAACAAGCAGUGCAACUGGGAAGUCGCAUCAGGAACCGUUACAGGUCCAUCCUCACCGCUCAAGAGGGCUCCGUCAUAACGACGCACAACGAGAACGAGUGUGCGCAGGAGACCGCCCGUCUUAUAUUAAAUGGAAUGCACCUACCACCGACCACACCCUUCAGAGACAACACAGACUACCGGGACCUGUACGAGAGGACGCUGGCCCAGCGGUACGCUACCAUCAUGGCUUCCUUGUGCCGGGGUCGCUUCCGAACCAUCCAGCAUAUGGUAGAUUUUGUCCGGGAAGGUAUCGGUUCUCCCAGCACCAGCCAGAGCACAACCCUGCUCUGUCUGGACAGCCUUCGCACCCACGUGAUGAACGGGCACGCGGUCCCAGAGUGGGCCGUGGCGGACUGGGAAGACAUCCUCUGGGCAGACCACAAAGUCUUUCAGAUGUCUCUGGAGGGAAUCGAGAAACCGCUGGCACAGUAUAUCCUUGGAGAGAUCCUGGAAACGCUGGUGGUCAUGUACGAAAGAGGACAUUUUAGGGAGGAUAAGGUGCACGUCUUCUCCGUGUCUGACAUGAACUUGCUCGCGGUGCUGAAGCUGCUCAACAGAUUCUACGACGCCCGGCCCACCUUCAGCGCCGCACUCUUCAUCGAGGUCUUUCGAGACGCCGCCGGACUUCGGGUGAAAGUUGUGUUUGCCGGCGAUGCGACGGCUACCCCGCUGCGUCUGGACAGAAUUUCCAACCCAUGUCCUCUCGCCAAUUUCCUCACGGAGCUCAGAUACCUUCUUGGACGACGUUGAACUUCAUUGAUCUGAUAACGACGUGCCAAGAGCGGACUGUCUUCACGCUUGCUUCCCGAAUCAUGUUAGUCGAUUACCGCCUUCAAGGUGCGGACAUGCUUAUCGGGGUUCUGAUAAGACCGUGCGGUGGCUAGCUGGCAAAAAUUGUCUGAGGAUAACGAAUAGAUUCUUGAGCACGUGUGCUCAAUAACGGUUUGUGACCGUUAUUUAAUGCAAUUGUAAAUGAUUUAGUCUCUUGUUGCUUUAGUAUACGCUGUCAAAUAGCGUUGCUGCAUUGCACAUGCGCGGUGCGGCGUACGCUGUAAGCUCCAGGAGUCGCGACCAUAUGUUUAUUUUAACGGGACUGCGAAAAACCAUGAGAAAAACAAACAGGCUUAUGGUAAAUAAACGCGACAACGUAAGUCCCUUUUCGCUGCAGAACGGUGACCACGAGACAAGACAACACAACUGUGAAGGGCAUGGCCUCUGGACGUCAUCCGCCCACCAGCACUCGUUGCUGAAUGAGUAGCGUGUUGGCUAUGUCACGUCGGGACUGAGGUACACGGGUUAGAAUCCUAGUGCCGGCUGUGCUGUCUUGUCUGGGGUUUUCCCCCCUGCCCAGGACAUUCCCCCAAGAAUUUACUUUGCACACCCCUGUGCGGCAGGCAGGGGCGAGCUCUUUCGCAGGCACCACCACGGCUGCGUUCGAAAUAUUGGCGCGAUAUUUUGAGCACAGACUUAAGCGUUACAAAAGUUAUGAGUUCGCGUGCCGCCACGUCAAAACGUGUCGCCUUGUGCACGAUCUUUCAGGUGGAAAAAUUACUCCUUAAAUUGAUUUGCCUCCCGACGUAAAGUCACGAAUUACGCAUCAAAAUGUCC